AUGAAUGAGUCAUCACCCGGGAACUCUCCUUAUAAAAGGAAGGGUUGGCUUGCUCUCUCACUCAUAAAGCUCCUGUUCAUUCCUGGAGAAUGCCUGCAGACACAGAGUGCAGCAUCUGCUACUGUCCCUAUGCCAGAGGAGCUCGAUGCCCCAGGGUCCUGCCUUGUGGGCAUACCUUCUGCAGCCAAUGCCUCCUCGCCCUCCUGUCCUUGGCGGAGCCCGGGAACUCAGGCCUCUGCCAGCUCCUUUGCCCCCUGUGCCGUCGGCCUGCCCAGGCCUGGCCAGAGGGGGACAAGCUCCCGUUCCCCGUGGACCCGGCUCUUGAUGAGCUGAUGCCGACCAAAGGAGGCCUGGAGUCAGGUGUCGAGGGGCCGAGGGCAGCUGCCAAACGAGGGCCCAAGUGGUGGGUGAAGAGCCUGAAGAGGAAGCUGGGCCUUCGGGGUCUGAGACACUCAAGCACUGAUGCUCUGUGUGUGAACAUGCGCGAUAUGGUUCUGAUGGCGAGUUUUCAUUUGAUGUGAGCCCGAAGACAGCCUAACCCUAACCAAACCACCCCUGCCCUGGCGUGAAGCUGGAACAUAUGACAGACUAAUCGGGGCCAAACAGAGAGCCCAGGGACCAGCAAAGGACGGUCAAAGUCCAUUCCCCGCAAGGACGACUGAGAUUGUGUGAGCAGCCAGUUUCCCACUGUACCUGACACACUCUCCCAUCCUCCAAAAGCAAAACCAAAAACUAACCCUUCCUGGAAGAGGAGGUGCUUUGGCCUUCAUCAUUUCUUUCUCAGGCAGCAGGCUGAGAUCAGCCAGAACCCGAUGUCAAGUGACCGUGGGACCCACAGUAGGGGUUAGCUUCAGGCCCAGGCCUACGUUGCUUUGCUCAAAACUGGGCCUCUGAUAAGAGCGUUUAUGAUUUGUUCUUUCAUUUUGUUUUGUUUUGAGGGUGACACUGGUGGAAAAGUGUGUGAUCUAUCCCUGGAGUGUAAUAUUUGUGCCAGGUUUUAUGGUGAGUUUGAGUCCCUGAAUAUAAACCGAGGUAGUCUUUCAACCCCCAGCUCCCCGCAAAUUGUCACCACACCAUCCUGUUACCAUGAGCGACACUGAAGACGUUUAACUGAUGCUAACUACCUAGCAUUGCGGCUUGGGUUUUGUUUUAGAGUGGUGUUUUGAUGUUGGCAUGGCAACGGCUCACUGGUCUGCCUCAGUUUCAUAGAAAUCAUAGAAUCCCUACAGUCUGGAAGCAGGCCAUUUGGCCCAUCAAGUGUACACCAAUCCUCUGAACAGCAUCUCACCUAGACCCAACUCCACCCACCCUAUCCCUGUAACCCUGCAUUUCCCAUGACCAAUCCACCUAGCCUGCACAUCUUUAGACCGUGGGAGGAAACCGGAACACCUGGAGGAAACCCAUGCAGACACAGGGAGAAUGUGCAAACUCCACACAGACAGUCGCCUGAGGGCGGAAUUGAACCUGGGUCCCUGGCACUGUGAGGCAGCAGUGCUAACCACUGUGCCUCCCCAUGUGGCAUAUUUCCAAAUCCGUGAGUCAUAAUGUUUUCCAGCACAGGGGAAACGACUCGUUAAUGUUUCAUCAGCUUUUCAACUGGCCAGAUUGCCAAAAUGCUUCAGAAAAUACGCACCAGCUUUGGAAGAGCUCAAAGCCUGUGGCAGAGCCUGUCUCGACACAGGAACAGGGCUGUAGUCCGGGGACGGAGGGGGGUCCUAUUCAUGCAGUAGGAGAAGGGAAUGAAAAAAAUACCAAAUUCAAGUUCUGAUGAAGAGGCACCAGACUCGAAACAUUGACUCUGCCCAACCACCUGAGUUUUGCCAGUAAUUUCUGCUUUUGUAACCAAAUUCUAAAACUGAUUAUUACUGGGCUAUCAGCAAUUGUUAUUAUGCCCACUCCCUUCCCAGUUUUAUGACAUGUUUUUGUUUACCUCCCUAGCAAACCAGUCAACUAGCCCCUUUUCCUAAAUCCAAUCUUUAAAUAGUUAACAAACUGAAGAAAAUUGGCAGGGGUGGGGGAAGAAUGCAUUUUUUAAACAUAAAAACACUCGACCCACAUUUUACUUCCUUUUGAUUAAGCAAUAUUGGAAUCGUGUGGUUGAAGGUCAGCAAUGUUGGGCUAAAUGGCUGCCUACUUCUACUGUUUAAGUUUAUGAUUAUUUAGUUAUGGACAGGGAAAUCCCCUUGUGGUUCCAGAGGAAAGCUAUCAGUUCCUCCCACGUCAGCUACAAGCAUGGACACAAUUAAGAAUAAUCCCUUCUUGUAUCCUGAAUAACUUCAUCAUCCUGUACGGUUGUAAACAACGCACACCAAAGGGCUUUACUGGUUAGAAAUGGUCAAAUCGAAGGACCUAAUGUGUGCUACCAUUGAGGUCAAAUUUCACCCCAUAGUCAAGUUCAUUCGUGCUUUGCUGAGCAGCAAGGAUAGCAAUGUUACAACCUAUGAUUUCCAAUCUUGGCUCCUCAGUAUUAUCUUGCAUUUUGUAGUGAAUUGCUUUGUGACUUAACCAGCACUGUAAAUCAUAUCAUAUUGGUAUAUGUACAGAAUUUGUAUCAAACUGGAAGAAAAUAAUUGUGUAUUUAAUUGUUAUUAAUUGUUUUUUAACAAAUAAAAAGACUUCUUGUGAAA